UGCAGCUACUACAAUGUAACAGCGCCGUGAACUGAGACACAACAGAAAAAAGUCAGCGAUCCUGAUGAGCCGACCUCCGGAGUGGGAAAUGCUUUUUUAUUCUCCUGCGAGAUUCCUUCCUCCGCCCUAGUGGUCCGUUGACUGGAUUGCAAAGUGUCGUCGCUGACUGACUUUACAGGAUUGAGUUUAUGUGGAUUAUUGGAAGCGGAGGCUCGUUGAGUUGUGUGUGUGUGUGUGUGUGCUGGGCUGGAGUGGGUCAGUAUGAGGCUGCUGUUACUGCUGCUCUGAGCGGGCUCUCCGCUCCUCUGUCUUGGGUCUCGAACGAAAUCACAUUUACUUAUAAAACUGGACACCCCUGGAGCAGUUUAUGACGACUCUGGUUGGACCGUAAUGACCACACGCUUCCGGUUGCCUGCAGGCAGAUCCUACAAUGUCCGGGCGACGGAGCUGGCACGUGACAGGCAGCGCACCGAGGUGGUCUGCUACGUUCUUCUUUUGGAUAACUCUGUCCAGCCUUUUAAAGUCAACAAGCACGAUCAAGGAGAAGUCCUACUGGACGCUGUCUUCAAGCACCUGCAGCUGACCGAGAGAGACUAUUUUGGGUUGCACCUGGCCGACGAAUCCUCUGAUAGCCCGAGGUGGCUGGAUCCAAAUAAAACCAUAAGGAAGCAAUUAAAAAGGGGCUCCCCACAUCAUCUAAACUUCCGGGUGAAAUUUUUUGUGAGUGACCCCAACAAACUUCAGGAAGAAUACACAUGGUACCUGUAUUUUCUACAGAUUAAGCAGGACAUACUCACUGGGAGACUGCCCUGUCCGCACAAUACUGCCGCACUCCUGGCAUCGUACGCUGUUCAGUCUGAGCUGGGUGAUUACAGUGAGGCAGUGAAUUUGCCAGGAUACCUGUCUGAGUUCUGCUUCAUCCCCAACCAGCCUCAGGGCUUUGAAAAAGAUGUCACCAAACAUCACCAGCAACACAAUGGACUUAACCCAGCACAGUCUGAAUUCAAUUAUCUGAACACGGCACGAACGUUGGAGCUCUAUGGAGUGGAACUGCACUAUGCAAGGGAUCAAAGCAACACAGAGAUUUUCAUAGGCUUGAUAUCAGCUGGCAUUGCCAUCUUCAAGAACAGGGUACGGAUCAACUACUUUCCAUGGUUGAAGAUUGUUAAAAUAUCUUUUAAAUGCAAACAGUUUUUCAUCCAGUUAAGAAAAGAGGCGCACGAGACAAGAGAUACAUUACUCGGUUUCAACAUGGUCAAUUACCGAGCCUGUAAGAAUCUCUGGAAGGCCUGUGUUGAACACCACACCUUUUUCCGGCUAGAUCGGCCCGUUCCUCCAGAGAAGAACUUCUUUGCGCACUACUUCAGUUUGGGCUCCAAGUUCCGUUACUGUGGGAGGACGGAAGCACAAUCUGUUCAGUAUGGCAAGGAGAAGGGAAUCAAGGACAGAGUGUUUACAAGAUCUCCCAGCAAGCCCCUGGACAGAAAGUUGAUGGGUGUGACAGAGUGGGAAGCAGUGAGCAGGAACUCACUGUCUGAAGAGAUGCUGGAGACCCAAAGCCUGCCCACCCGCUCCCCCCCUGGGACACCCAACCAUAGAAACUCCUUAUAUGUGCAAGAGGGUGCCCGGCUACGACCCUCUUCCAUGGGUCACCUGGUGGACCAUGUCAUCCAUGCCUCCCCCAGCCUUCCACUUUUCUCCAAUCACAAAUCAGCUUCCUCUACACAAGCGAACAGCAUCAGCCUGGAGUCUACGCCGUCUCCGGAAGGUGUUGAAGGACCUCCUCCUGCCCUCCCACCCAAACAGUCCCGGAAGAACCUGAGCCAGCUUAUACUGUCCCACUCACAACAGGACUUGGACAACCACGUCAACGAAAUGUACGAUGUCCCCAUAGCAACAGACAAGACCAUGCCCAAUGGUGUCAUUCCUCAUGACAAUCUUGUCCUGAUCAAAAUGAAACCGGAUGAGAAUGGGAGAUUUGGGUUUAAUGUGAAGGGUGGCUCUGAUCAGAAGAUGCCUAUUAUUGUGUCUCGAGUAGCACCUGGAACAUCAGCUGAUUUGUGUGUGCCACGACUGAACGAGGGCGAUCAGGUUGUGCUGAUCAACGGUCGAGAUAUUGCGGAGCACACGCACGAUCAGGUGGUCAUGUUCAUCAAGGCCAGCUGUGAGAGCCAUUCCGGGGAGCUCCUCCUGUUGGUGCGGCCCAAUGCCAUCUAUGAUGUAGUUGAGGAGAAAUUGGAGACGGAGCCGGAUUUUCAGUACAUCCCAGAGAAAUCUCCCACAGACACAUCACUGCUGGACCAGGACGCCUGGAGGGACUCGAUGCUGCAGUUAAAGGAGGGUCUUAACAAUGCUACUAUACUAUCCCAGUUUGAUCAAAUGUAUCGGAAAAGGCCUGGAAUGACAAUGUCAUGUGCCAAAUUACCUCAGAAUAUUUCCAAAAACCGCUACAGAGACAUCUCACCUUAUGAUGCUACUAGAGUCAUCUUAAAGGGCACAGAUGACUACAUCAAUGCAAAUUACAUCAAUAUGGAAAUCCCUGCCUCCCGUCUCAUAAACCGCUAUAUCGCUUGCCAGGGCCCGCUACCCAACACGUGCCCGGAUUUCUGGCAGAUGACAUGGGAGCAGGGCUCCUCUAUGGUAGUCAUGCUUACUACUCAGGUUGAACGAGGACGCGUGAAGUGCCAUCAGUACUGGCCGAACCCCUCAGGUAGCGCUACAUACGGUGGCUUUCAGGUUUCCUGCCAGACUGAGGAGGGAAACUCAGCUUUCUUGGUUCGAGAUAUGACUCUUACUCACAUUGAGAGUGGGGAGAGCAGGGAAUUGACCCAAAUCCAGUACCUGGCAUGGCCUGAUCAUGGUGUACCAGAUGACUCAACGGACUUCCUGGAUUUCGUGGCUCUGGUCCGGAAUAAACGAGCUGGGAAGGACGAGCCUGUUGUGGUCCACUGCAGUGCUGGGAUUGGCCGGACGGGAGUUCUCAUCACCAUGGAGACGGCAAUAUGUCUGAUGGAGUGCAGUCAGCCGGUGUAUCCGUUAGACAUUGUGAGAACCAUGCGGGAUCAGAGGGCCAUGAUGAUUCAGACGCCGAGCCAGUUCAAGUUUGUGUGCGAGGCCAUACUGAAGGUUUACGAGGAGGGCCUGGUGAAACCGCUCAAGUCCACGCUGUACGAAUCUAACUAAUGCAAUGCCAGCUUUUCCUGAAAAUGAUGCUGAAAUUCACUGACUGGAUCUUCUCCAUGUUAUGAUAUCGCAGCUUCACGACAGAGCAAUGGAGAAGUAUCUCGAGCCAGGAACACAUGACAUAAACAAAGCACUGCUGCACUUUAUGCUGGCAAAGAGACUAUAUGCCAAGCUUUAACGAGGAGAGAAAGAACGGACAACAAAUUAAAUCUAACAAAGGUGAAUUAGGUACUUGUUGGGACUUUGAGUGUUCAGGGUUUUGACAAUUAUAUAUGUUAAUAAUGGAAAUAGUAAAGAGAUUGUUGGUGCCAUAUGUAAGUGUGUACGGGCAGGCCCAUGAAUGAAUGAGAGUUUUUAAAUAUGGUCACCUAUUAUUUUGAGACAAACAACACCUACAAAACAACUUGCAUCCAGGCCUGUGCUGCAGAUGAUUAUUUGUAUUUUUUUUUUAGGAAUAUUUAUUGUUUUAGUUAAAAUGUUUAGCCCUGUUCAUGCAACAUAACUAACUACUUACAAAUGUCAAACUAAAAUGACAAAUUGUCAAACUAAAAUGCUCUCAACAAGGACUUUAAAGCACUUUGCAUUACAGCUGUGAUGCAAAAUAUCAGUUUAGCCUCUCAUGCAGAUUUUGAAGGAAAUUCACCUUAAAAUGAAAAUAUUUACUCACCCGUGUGUCUUUCAAAACCCAUAUGUUCCUUUGUCAAUAGAACAAAUGUUUUGAGAAAUGUUCAUACUGCUCAUUUUCUUACAAUGAAAGCCUACAAGAAAAAAUAAAACAUAAUAUUUACUAUAUUCCACAUCUUCUGAAGCCAAACAAUAGCUUUGAGUAAGGAAAAGACUGAAAUGUAACUUUAAUUAUCGAAAAGAUUCCUCCCAGGUAGUAGUUGACACAAUUAGUUAUGUAAUACAAGAACCAGUGAGGCUGUUGAAUAUUACAUUUUGGGCCAGAAAUUCACAUAUGGAAGAUUCUUUUAAAAUGCGAUUGAUUCUUUUCAUAAAAUAUUUUAAAUUCGCACUGCUGUUUAGUUGAAGGAAGAAUGCCAGUCAGAAAUUUGAUCUUUCCAGAAGCAAACAUUCCAUUAUUCCCUCAAAAUGAACUCCCUUAUCAUUCAAAAUCAGAUUUUCCAUUAAAGGGAUUAGUAUUCCAUGUAGUUGACGUGAUAUUUAUGUGUUGCUUUUUGUUUUGUUGUUAAAUCUGAACAUUACACACCACAGUGUGUUAAAUGCUGUACUGUGUUGGGGGAUCAGAAUGGAGUUUGUUUAUGGCUGACCUGUUUAUUUCUUGUAGCAGACUGCACAUGCAGAAUAUCCCUGCAACAUUAACCAGCUGAGACUGUGUCCAGUAUGUGUUAUUACUGUAUGUUUUUGCAUUUUAUAAUACUGUUAGUGUGAAUGUAAUAGCCCAAGUCACGUUCAGGUUUUCUCUAAGCCUGUUUCAACACAUUAGAGCUGGUGCCUAGUACAGGCAAUGAUUUUUUUUUUUUAGUUUAUUUAAUUUAGCCCUAGUUUUUAAUCCAUCAAAUCCAACAUUGGCAUUUACUUUAACAAAAUAGCAUUGGCUUUUCAUACUAAGAUGUUGCUGUUUGAGAGUUUAGUGAACACGAUGUCUGAUACUUAACUUAAUUGUGUGACUCAUUGCCCAUGUUUCACAGGUUGCCUGUAGUUGAACGCAGAGUUUUCCAUGCCUUUACUCAUUGUAAGGUACUAUCUACUUUUACAGUCACUCAGUUGUCAUUUAUCCGUGGUCAUGCUUGCUGGAAAACCUUGGUUUUAAGACCAAAUAAUUCCCUUCUAUGCUCGACAGGUUACAGGUUUUACCAAAAGACAUUUAAAACAGGAAUGCGACAUGCAUUUGGGGAGAAACUAAACGCCUCCUGUCUUGUGGAAAGACAGAACUUUUUCAACAAAGAUGUACAAUGUAGACUGGUGUUCACGUUUAUUUGCUGCAAAUAACAAGGUCAAGUUGUGCCACUUGU